AUGAUGCUUCGCUCUGUGGCGGAGCGUGAAGACCUGGUGUCGGGUGAGGUGGAGCAGAAUGUGCUCCAGGCUUAUGACAGCUCGCUGAAAGCGUCUCCUUCCGAAAUGGUGGAUACUACUCUAUUGAUACAAAUUUAUUUUAAGGAAACGGGAGCGCUGGACUGUUUUCUGACAGAGGAGAUCAAGUUUUACGUGGUGGACGUGGCUCCCCCGUGUCGGGAUAAUAUAUUAAACUAUCUAGCCCAGCGAGAUAAUUUAUUACACAGUUUAUGGGACACCUCGACGGAGCCGCCGACCUUUCACAUGGCGGUCAGAGCGUCCGUUGUGGUGGCCUCUCUCAUCUAUACAACCCCCGAGACAAUAUUCAAUAUGGAGCUGCUCCCUUAUCGCGAGGAGCAUAUUACAAGCUCGGUUUAUGACUUCUCUGGCCUGGAUGAGCUGGCACGAGGUAUUGGGGUGCCGGAGGAGGAGUUGGCUGACAUAAAACGUCACUGGGAGCAGUGA